UAGAAACAAAUCCUUUUUCAUGUUCCUGAAUCACUUUCCAGUCAACUGUUAAACAGUAUUUUAAGCUUUCUUUUCCUAAAUAUAUCCGUCAUGAACCUUCUCGAACCCUCAGAAGACGUCAGUGCCGAUGUUUUAUUCGCCAAUUUUAACCAGGACUGCACGUCUCUUGCAGUUGGUUCAAAGAAAGGAUUCAAACUUUAUUCUUUCGGUAAAGGGGACGAAUUAGAAGUCAUCCAUGAAAACACCACGGAUGAGAUCCGCAUUAUCGAAAGACUCUUCUCCUCUAGUCUGGUUGCCAUGGUCACGGUGCAUAACCCAAGGAAGCUAAAAGUGUGCCAUUUCAAGAAGGAAUCGGAAAUCUGUAACUAUAGCUACUCCAACACUAUUCUUGCAGUCAAACUGAAUAGAGCUCGGCUAGUGGUGUGCCUGGAGGAGAGCCUCUACAUCCACAACAUCCGAGACAUGAAGGUGCUGCACACGAUCCGAGACACGCCCCCCAAUCCCAGGGGCCUGUGUGUCCUCUCCACAGGGGGAGGCUCCUCCUCCUCCUCAGACUGCAGCUUCCUGGCCUAUCCCGGCAGCUCAUCUAUAGGGGAGGUUCAGAUCUUUGACGCCUUCAACCUGCAAGCAAAGUCCAUGAUCCCUGCUCACGACAACCCCCUAGCUGCAAUGGCUUUUGAUCCAUUAGGAAAGAAGCUUGCCACUGCAUCUGAAAAGGGAACUGUUAUACGAGUGUUCAAUGUUUUAGAUGGAACAAAAUUAUAUGAAUUCCGUAGAGGGGUUAAAAGGUGUGUUCGAAUUUACUCCCUAUCCUUCAGUGAAGAUUCUACUUUUUUGAGUGCAUCAAGCAACACAGAAACUGUACAUAUUUUUAGACUAGAUGAACUCAAAGACAUAAAACCUUCAGAAGAGCCCCAGACUUGGAUCGGCUAUUUUGGAAAGGCCAUCAUCCAAUCAGCUAGUUACUUACCCACACAAGUGGCAGAUAUGUUCUGUCAAGGACGUUCUUUUGCCACUGUCCACCUACCUUUCUCUGGCCUCAGGAACAUCUGUGCUUUGGCCAUGAUAAAGAAAAGUCCGAAGGUCCUAGUGGUCUCUGGCGAAGGCAUUUUGUAUAUUUAUAACAUGGAAACUGUUGAAGGUGGAGAUUGCGCCUUUGAACAACGACACAACCUUCUGGACUUGAAUGAAGAGAGCGGAAGCAGCAAAUCGACUGACAGCAACCCACCAGAAUCCCCUGCACAAUCCGAUGUGAAUAGGCGAGCUGUAAAUACAGGGAGUUCGAGCUACGCCGCCAUAGUUCGUGGUAACGAAGCCUCUUCGGCCCAAGAAACUCCCGAGAAAAUCGAAUCGGACCCAAUGCACAAGGAGCCAGCGUUUCCAGCAAUGAGCAGCCCUCCCAAACAUGACAUGGACUAUGAGAAUGAUUUCCCCCCGAUGACCCACAAGGCUGCCGUCUAAGGACGGCGCUGGACAACGAAGUUAAAACAUAUCACACACUUCUGGCAAAGGAAAUCUUAGUCGCCGUUUAUCAGUUUGUUUCACCGAUUCCAUUUUUAUGUUUCGAACUGAAAUGAAUUCAUGCAUUUUAACCUACUGAUGGUGUACUUAUUUUAGUAUUCACAAAGUCAUCGAUACAUUAUUAGAUUUUAUCCUUUUUUCAUUUCCAAAAGCUUUCAUCGUGGUAGGAUUAUGUCUGAUGUUUAUCUAAUGAAAGAAUAACCCCUCACUGAUAUGUCUGACUGGUGGUUGUCAUUGAAACACAGCUCUUCUAAGUUUGUUAUAAUAGAUUUAUCGCUAUCAGAAACUAAGAUCUUUCUAGUUGCGACAUUCUAUAAUUUUGUGGUAACCAUAGUAUUUGCCACCGUGUUUUGUCAAAGUGAUACAGAAACUACUUUUUUUUUGGUGAUAUGUAGUUAUUUUUUAAUGAAAUGAGCCAUUAACAAAGGUGAAGAGCUUCAUUAAUUAUAAAAUAAUCUGCCAACUAAACUAAACAACAUUAAAAUGAUAAAAAAUCAACAUCCGAACGAAUACAUGAAGCCAUUAAACAUUAUUAAAAGAAUGCAAAAUAAUCUUCCAACUGAAUUACGUGGCAUUUAAAGCAUCAUUGAAAUGUAAAAUAAUUCUUCAAAUAAAUAUAUCAAGUGAUUAAGAAACAUUUAAAAGUUACAUUAAAAUUUAAAAUUGGGGACAGACACUGGUGUGAUCAAUCUUUUUGUUUUUCCAAGAUACAAAGUAAACAAGUCGCCAAUAUGCCUUAUUCUAUACUGUUCUCCGAUUUGGGGGGGGGGGGGGGGCAGGGUGUCAACCAAUUCAAA